AUGCCUUUUAUUUUUAAAAAGAAGAUAAAGAAUUGCUGCAAGCUCAAUGUGCUAGAGCAUGCACUUGACACUGAAAAGGCCCCAGAUUCUAUCCACGGUCAGGAACAGCUCAAAAUAUUUCACGGAGGACAAGGUCACAAAGAUAUACACCCCGUUCCACAUACUGAAUUCAGUCAGAUUGACAGCUGAAUCUCCCUUCAGCACUGCCAACAGAAUAUUUUCCUCCACUACAUCUUGGGGCAAGAGGUUAGCUAAGACAACACCGAGGGAGAUAGUUUAGGGGGCUCAGUGGGAAUGGUUUGUCUCUGUUUGGGGGGCAGGAGCUGCUGCUUCCACCCCACUCCCCAGCGUUCAUAAUCUGCCACCAUUCACCACUUUAGGCAGGUGUCUAGUGGUAUAUAGGAUAGCCUUUCCUUGGGAUCUGCAAGUUGGGCUGCAUAUGCACAGCUAUAAAAAAUGAUCUGAAAAUGAUCUUAAAAAACCCGUAUUAUAGUUCAAAAUGUAAAAUCCCGAUUUCAGUUCUACAGCACCAUCUGGUGUCACAGUGUUAUAAUACAUUUAAAACACCUUUAAUGAAUGUAGCGGAGUCCUAGGUCGGAGAAAGACUUCCAUCUGAAAUCUUGCCACCAGCAUUCAACCUUUGCAAACCUAGGACUUACUUUUAGCCCAAACACACAGGGGUGGGGGUGGGGGUGGGGAGCACAUUUUAAACUUUUAGCACCUAUUUGUAUGAUGCUUGUGGAGACAAACAGUAGGGCCAGUACUGAGUUAGAGGGGCCCUUGGUGUGAUUCAGCUCCCUAUAUGUGAUGGCUUGAGAAUACUCUUCGCAAGAAAUGCUUCUGCUCACUCAGAGAUACAUAGAUACAGCUUUUUUUUACAUAUGUACAAGCAGCACACAUAGCUACACGUCCGAAUCCUGUGAGUCAGAUUCCCGGAGUGAUUUACGUCCGCCCCUUUUCCAGCAGAAGAGGCGCAGCAUUCUCAACUGAUGUCUCUGCCCUCUCCGCUUUAACCCUCUCCGUUCCUGAGCAGAUGGAACUGACACUGCAUCGCUAUCCGUGCCAGAACUUCCUGUGCGGGGUUGAGGCUCUGCUCCAGCAUCUGAGAGCCUUUCCUCCUCCUGGCUUUCCCCCCUUUCCUGCACUGGCUCUUCCUGCCCCCCUUCGUCUGCUCGUCUCUCCUCCUCCCCUUCGUACUCCGUCAAUACCAUGACACUAUAGCUGUCUGGUCAAUCUACUGGCUGGUGCCCAGUGUCAUUUUUUAAAGCACAUUCAGGUUGCUUGCAUUCACAGUUGGCUCUGGAUUUAUAAUAGUGCUUAAAAAACCAACAACUUAGAGAUGGAAAGAAGAUAAUGUACCUACCAGAGAAGAAUGGCAGAUCAAGUUGAUGGAUUACGCUGAAAUGGCUAAAAAUUACCGGUAGAAUCAGAAAUCAGGAAGACCAAAAUUUUUAAUAAGGAAUGGGGGAAAUUUAUACCUUAUCAUAAAGACCAUUGUAAACGGUUAAUCAUUAGUAGGAUUGGAAUAUCACUUGUAGUUUAAUGGUGAAUUUUGAAUACAAUGGAGAGAUAAAAGAUUUGGAUUAUCAUAAAAGAUGCAGGAAGAAAUGAUUGACAGUAGGACCCACAAAGAGGAGGGAAGGCCAAGAGAUUCCUUGGAAUCUAGUUUUUAUGCUGUAUAUUGGAUAUGUGACUGUAAAAUUAUAAUCUGAAAAACCAAAUGAAUAAAUUUAAUAAUAAUGAUAACAAACAGCAAUUUAGAAUGUGGAGGACAUUACAGAGGCAACAAUGAAUGGGGCAUAAAGGAGGACCUUGCAGGGGCAAUAAUUAAUGGGUCAUCCCCACCCCUAUUCAGAACAGGAGAUCCUCAAAGUCAGAAGCUCUACCCUUAACCUCUAGGAUGUACUUCCUCCUUCUCGCUUCUCCUCUGACUUUUUAAAGCUGAUAAGAAGUCACAAGAGUGACCUCUCUGCCUUCAGUGUUUGCCCUUGUUGUGCCAAGCUGUUGGCUGGCUUCCUUUUGUUUGCAGAAUGAGGAAAGGAUUGUGGGAGAAAGAGGAGAAACCACAAUCCUGUGUUAUUUCUGUGGGUGUUAUAAAAAACAAACAAACCCUCCAGCAACAUGGUACAUCAGACUCCUAUAUUAGUGACGGAUAAGGCAGGAGAAAAACAGAAAGCAAAUUCUACAAUUCGGAGCAGCUGUUCCCCAGAACGGAAAAGCAGCUCAAGAUAUUUGGGUGAGUUCCUUGGUCUUUAUCCUGCUUUGUCUCUAGCUAGAGUCCUUCUUCAACUCUAUGCCUAUAAACUCUCCAAUGUAUUUAGUAACCCCAGUAUCUGUCUUGCAAUGUACAACAGGUGCUGGUAUAUAUUAGGAGUUGGCGCAGAAAUUUACAGUGGUACCUUGGUUUGUGAACUUAAUCCAUUCCAGAAGUCCGUUCUUAAACUAAAGCAUUCUUAAACCAAGGCGGGGGACUCAAUUUACAAAUGGAACAGAUUCAACAGGAAGUGAAACAUGUUCUUAUUCCAAGACAAAGUUCACAAACCAAAACACCUACUUCUAGGUUUGCAGUGUUCUUAAUCCACGUUGUUCAUAAACUAAGCUGUUCUUAAACCAAGGUACCACUGUACUCUGUGUCUUUUUUUUAAAAAAAUUGAUUGGUAUUUGAAUCACUCUGUGCUUUUUAUGCUUUGAUAUACGCUCUGGGUUCUGAGUCAUUCUGUAUAAACGAAUUUCUGUUGUCCCAUUCGUUAUAAUGGGGAAUCUAGACAUAGCUAGAACGCCUCUCCCCCUUUUAGCCAAAAUGACUCUUGUUUGCAGACACAGGAGCUACCUUGAUCUAUAAAUUUUAAAAUCUUCUGUCAGAACUGGAUGCAAUUAGCAGGCAUGACCACCCCGUCAGAGGGGAUGGAACCUGGGAAAUUUCAGAAUGAUAGCUGUAGCCUUUACCAUUUUGGGGUGGGUUGUUGUUGUUUAGUUGUUUAGUCAUGUCUGACUCUUCAUGACCCCAUGGACCAGAGCACUCCAGGCACUCCUGUCUUCCACUGCUUCCCGCAGUUUAGUCAAAUUCAUGUUGGUAGUUUUGAGAACACUGUCCAACCAUCUCGUCCUCUGUCGUCCCCUUCUCCUUGUGCUCUCCAUCUUUCCCAACAUCAGGGUCUUUUCCAGGGAGUCUUCUCUUCUCAUGAGGUGGCCAAAGUAUUGGAGCCUCAGCUUCAAGAUUUGUCCUUCCAGAUUGGCUUCACUAUUAUCAGAUAAUGGAGGCAUACAAUUUGGAUAAGAAAAUUGGCUUCCAGGUGUAAAAAUCAAAACUAGAAACAGAAUUGUUAGAACCCAAAACUAAGAAUUUGUCAAGAAUGUAUAACUUGCUGUUGAAAUGGAAUACUCAGGAUGAAACGGUGAAAUCUGCUAUGAUUAAAUGGGCACAAGAUGUUGGACAUAAUAUUAUGUUUGCUGACUGGGAACAGUUAUGGACCACAGGUAUGAAGUUUAUGGCAUGUAAUGCCCUAAGAGAGAAUAUUAUGAAAAUGAUAUACAGGUGGUACAUGACCCCAGUCAAGCUUGCAAAAAUCUAUCAUUUGCCCGAUAAUAAAUGUUGGAAAUGUAAAGAAACCGAAGGUACAUUCUUUCACCUUUGGUGGACGUGCCCAAGGAUUAAGGCUUUCUGGGAAAUGAUAUAUAAUGAACUGAAAAAGGUAUUUAAAUAUACCUUCUUGAAGAAACCAGAGGCCUUUCUCCUGGGCAUAGUCGGCCAAUUGGUGUCAAAGAAGGAUAGAACUUUUUUUAUGUACGCCACAACAGCAGCAAGAAUACUCAUUGCAAAGUAUUGGAAGACACAAGAUUUACCCACUUUGGAAGAAUGGCAGAUGAAGCUGAUGGACUAUAUGGAACUGGCAGAAAUGACUGGCAGAAUCCGAGACCAGGGAGAAGAGUCGGUGGAAGAAGAGUGGAAGAAAUUCAAAGAUUAUCUACAGAAAUAUUGUAAAAUUAAUGAAUGUUAGAAUGAUGUUGGAUAGAAAUUAAGUGGUUUCCAGCUGUAAUGCUUUAAGGGAUAUGAAAAAAGGGUUAUAAAUAGGUAAAAAUCUAAUGCUAUUAUUUUUAAGAUCAAGGAUUAGGAUAAUUAAAGAGGGUAAGGAUUUGCUGAACCAACAGAUUGAAGUGGAAUACAAAAAAGGGAGGUAUGAGGAGGUCUGGGAAACAAGCUAAAGGAAAAUAAGUAAUGGAAAAUUUGUGUGUUUUUAACCAUUUUUAUUUUGUAUUUUUGUUAUUUUUUUCACUUUUAUUGUACUAUUUUAAAAAAUCUUAAUAAAUAUCUUAUAUAUAUAAAAAAGAUUUGUCCUUCCAGUGAGCACUCAGGGCUGAUUUCCUUAAGAAUGGAUAGGUUUGAUCUUCUUGCAGUGGGUGGGUACAAUAGGAUAAAAAAAAGGAGGGGGAGAAUCACUGGCGCUAAACAUGAUAUUUAGAUAAACAGUUCAUUGAAUGUUGAUAUCAUUACAGAUACACCAGUCUUGUUGUCUCUUCUGUGAUCCUUCCCCAUCAACAUGCAGGAACUCCUGGGAUUUUUGCUCUUCUCAGUUUUAAUACAGACAGGUCAGUAGAGCCUGGUAAGCACUCCUGUGGGAAAUGUAGCUUCAUUGGAAGGAGUAAAUUAUUUUCCAUUCCCUGGCAGAUAGUUGAAGAGCUUUCCAAAACAGACUUAAACUGGGUCAGACAGGCACAUCUAUCAAUUUAGGUUCCUCUCAGUUUCUCACUUUUCCCAUCUUAAAUUGAAUUCUACACAUUUCCACAUCCACCAGCAAUUGUAAUUAUUUUUAAUAAGUCUUCAAGGAUAUGCAUUAGCAUUUGGUAUGAAAUAUGCUUUGAUGUGCAUUUUUUCCAAAGCAAGCACCCUACUGUAAUGCAUUUUUGUAUGUUCUUUUCAGUGCAUUUUUAAUACACACUUAAUGUGCACCUUUACAUUCAGUACUUGGCCAGAGAGCUGCAUUACAAAAUUCAGACAAGUGCAGAUUUCAGCAGAUGGUGAUGUUUCAGUUCACAAGUCGUUUCAGAAAGUGCCAAUUAGGGAGGUCCGUUUUGAGAUGUGAACUGAAUUGGUUGUCUCCCCAAUCCCUAUGCUGACAUCAUAUUCCAUUCUGAAUAUGUAGUCCAUCCCUUUUGCUAGAGAGCUAUGGGAAGUGCAGUUCUGCAAAGGGAGUUAGAUUUCUAAGAGAAAGAAUUCUCAGCAACCCCACCAAACUCCUUUCCUAAGAUUUUGGGUUGGAAGCCACAGAACUUUAACUGUUUAUCAUUUUUGGUACAUUGUUUUUUAUUUAUUUAUUGAAACAGUUUGUAUACUGCUUAGCUGCAAUAAUCUCUAAGCUGUUUAAAAAGAUGCAAUACAAACAAUUAAAAAAUCAGUUUAAACUAGAAGAUCAAACUUCAACUAAAAAACCUGCUGUAACAACAACAACAAGUUUUCAAUAGGCACCAGAAGUUCAGCAGGGAGAGAGCCUCUCUGACCUCCGCCGAAAGGGGUUUCCAUAAAAUUAGGUCCUUGAAAUCCAGUCCUCUGUUCCUGGUGGAUCUGAGCCAUGCAUAUGAGCCAUAGGGAACCACUAACAGUUCCUCCCCUGAAGAUUUAAGUGAUCAGGCAGGAAUAUGGGGAAUUAGGCAGUCCUUGAGGUCUCCUGGGGUGGAUCUACACAAAGGAAAAAACCACUAUAAAUAAGUCAGAAAUUAAAUUGUUGUAACAAAACAAAAGAAAAAACCCCAUGUAAAAAUAGCAUAGAAAAAUUGUUUGCUCUCUGGUGCCAUCUGGUGUUGCAUGUUUAUAAUGCAUUCAAAGCAUUGUUUUUUGACUAAUGUAGCUGAGUCUCUAGACCAGUGAUAGCCAAAUUUGGCCCUCCAGCUGUUUUGAGACUACAACUCCCACCAUCCCUAGCUAACAGGACCAGUGGCCAGGGAGGAUGAGAAUUGUAGUCCCAAAACAGCUGGAGGGCCAAGUUUGGCCAUCACUGCUCUAGACCCAAAUUGUUACGGUGCUUGUAAAGGAACACAAUAACCUUGAAGCUGACCCAAGAGCAUAAGGACAGCCCCUGCUUACUUUUCAGCGCCGGAGUUAUGUGCUGGUGAUAGUCUGCCCCACACCUGUGGUCACACCUUGCCUUGUGAAUGCAUGAAGGUUCAUGUUGCUGAAGGAAGUAAUCCAGAGGCAUGGCAGAACUGUGCAAAUGGAUAUGACACUGUGUCGCUUUCUCUCCACCAGGCACUUCUCUGGAAUGUGA